AUGUCAGGUCAAGGGGCCGACCGCAACGAUGAGAAGAACGCCGUGUCACGUCUGCUGGAUCCGCCUGGAUCGUUCAUCUGCGGGGACAGGGUGGGUUCUUCACACAUCACCUUGCCAGUACUGAGCCCCACCCGGCGGAUUUUGCUCGGGAUGAUGGGAGGAGCUCUCGCACUUGCGUUGCUCGUCACCGUCUGGCCGGAGAAGCCCUUCGCUUGGGGGUCGCGGCCCGCGAUAACAACACUCUCCAGAGUGAAGGUUCCCAGUGCUCACAUUCAUACACUAUCCGAUACACUGUCCGAGGUCUUCGAAGUCUACCCUCCCGUUCUUGCCGUGACUCCGAAAGGUGAUCUCGAGAUCACUGAUGGCUCUUCCAACGCAAGUGUUGCCGUCAUACCAAGCACAAAGCCGACAUGCCAAAGCACAUUAGUGCAACACUCAUUCGCCAACUCAUAUGGACAACCAUACGUUGGGGACUACUCGCCACCACCAUGUGACUUCAACCGAGUCACCUUCAACCUGACUGUGCAGGCAGCAGGCAGGCAAUACGACCGCCUUGGGUCGAUCUCUUUCGGCGAUAUCGAGCUCUUUCGCACCUCAACUGCAGAGCCUACGAAGAAUGGCAUUACCUGGACCUAUCUCAAAGACAUGACAAGCUUCUUGCCGCUUUUCCGAGCACAACAGAAAAUUAUAUUCGAUCUUGGAAACCUAGUGAACGAUAUCUAUACAAGCCCAUUCAAUGUGACCCUUACUGCAGCAUUUUUCACAGUUCAAGACGGUCCUACACCGGCCGAUGUUAUAAUUCCUAUCUCCAAACGACAAGGUGCUACAGGCCAGGCUAGCUUCUUUAAGUUUCCACAAGACAAAGCAAUCAAUGCAAUCACCCUGCCACAAAAUACUCGCAAAGCAGUUUUCACAAUUGCUGCCACUGGCCAAGCACAGGAAGAGUUCUGGUGGGGCAACGUUCCACAGUCUGAGACCAACGUCUUCCCGGGCAACGAUUCUCUGGCUGGCUUUUCUCCCUUCCGCGAGGUCCAACUGUACAUUGAUGAUCUGUUGGCAGGCGUUGCGUGGCCCUUCCCUGUCAUCUUCACUGGGGGCGUAGUUCCAGGGCUCUGGCGGCCAGUUGUUGGCAUUGAUGCCUUCGACCUCAAGGAGGAAGAGAUUGACAUCACACCCUGGUUGGGCUUACUUUGCGACGGGAAGAGUCACACCUUUGAGCUUCGUGUCUCUGGAUUCAAUGAUAGCUCGGAUGGUACCGCAUAUGCCUCCAAUACUACAGGUACUACUUGGUGGCUGAGUGGGAAAGUCUUUACAUGGCUCGAUCGUCCAGGCCAUGUAACUACUAGCGGCCAACUGAAACGCCUUGCGCCGGACCCUUCCUUCAAAAUUGCUUCGCAGGUCUAUCAUUCGUCGAACGGGUCGAAUCUGACUCUUACGUACGAAGUCGAAGCGUCUCGGCACCUGUCAGUCUCCUCACAGAUCCAACUCUCUGAUGGCUCGGUGACAGUCGCUUGGACACAGCAGCUUCAAUAUUCUAACAGUGGCAACUACACAUCGACUGGAGAUCAGACGAAUACUGCGCGCACCACUGGUCAAUACAGGUCAUCUGGUGGUUACUAUCGCACAUUUGAAUACCCCAUCUAUUCUCACAGCACCCAGCAGUCGAUCGAUGGUAAUCUCACGUUGACUGCGACAGUCAAUCGCAGCAAGAACAUGCAGACUAUAGGCCGCCUGGCAUUUCCCAUAGGAAUAGAGCCGUAUGCAGCGGUGAACGCUUCUCAAGCAGAAUUCACGGCAUUCCAGGGCGCUGCGUUGCGAACUUCUCAAAACGGCAGUGCUUACUACACUGCGAAUCAGACCGAGCACACAUCAUAUGGCUACGGUAAUACAACACAGCACAUGAGCCUUUUCGGAGUCCGGUCCUCUGAAGAUUCGGACAGUGAUGGCAUGCCGAAGAUCACGCACACCAAGGAGCUUUUCCACCGCCAGGUUCUUGCCGUCAACGACAGCGUCGUUCAGGAUGAGGAGAGUUUAAUGGGCGUGAGCAUCGGACACCGUCACGGGCAUCGUCACCACACGGCAGGCGAUGGCGAAGGGAUGGCCCUAUCAGGCACUCCGGGAAAGGGAGCAUGGGUUCGUGGUUGGUGAGAAGGAUGCUGGUGGCUAACGUUAAGCGCGGUUGAUAUUCGGUUUGGGGAUCAGCUGCGCGGCUGCACAGUGUAUACUUUUAACCAGCGUAUUCGAGAGGCAAUCUCCUGGGGUGCCACGUAUUGCUUCGCCUUGUGCUCAGCACAUACUUCAUACGUAAGCUGAGAAAGAGAAACAUAACAACUGCAUGGCUCCGCAGCAUCAGCAAUCUGGGUGAAGAUGUUGUCCCGGCCAGAAUGCUUGGCCGUGCCGUACCCUGGCUGGAGAUGGCGUCAAACUCGUGCAGUCCUUGCUCACCGUCCGGUUGUAUCCCGCCUUCCGAACGCACGCCCGCAUCGCAUCAGCCAAUCUCUCGAGUGAGCGUCGUCCGUCGACGUUUCUGCACCCACUUGGCACGAUUCCCAGCCCGAAGAUGAAAUCACG